AGUUAUGUUCAACUACGACGAGGCCACCGCCUUUCUGGGCGAAUGGGGCCCCUUCCAGCGCCUCAUCUUCUUCCUGCUCAGCGCCAGCAUCAUCCCCAACGGCUACACGGGGCUGUCCGCUGUCUUCUUGGCCGCCACUCCCGAGCACUGGUGCCGGCUGCCGGCUAACGCCAGCCUGAGCGCGGAGUGGUUCAACGCCAGCAUCCCCCUGGAGAAGCGCGGCGGCCGGCAGGUGCGGAGCCAGUGCAGCCGCUACCGCCUCGAGGCCCUGCUCAACUUCUCCGCCGGCAACCUGGUGCCCGGCCGCGAUGUCAAUCUCAGCCAGGUGGAGCAGGAGGAGUGCCUGGACGGCUGGGAGUUCAGCCGAGAGUAUUACGACAACACCAUCGUCUCCGAGUGGAAACUUGUUUGUGACAAUGACUGGAAAGCACCACUAACUGUUUCCUUAUUGUUCGUGGGUGUGCUGUUGGGAUCCUUUAUAUCUGGACAGCUCUCAGACAGAUUUGGUCGGAAGAAUGUCCUGUUUAUAACCAUGGGGAUCCAGACUGCCUUUAGCUUUCUCCAGGUCUUCUCAACAAGCUGGGAAAUGUUUUCUGUUCUCUUUCUUAUUGUUGGAAUGGGUCAAAUAUCUAAUUAUGUGGCAGCGUUUGUUCUUGGUGCAGAAAUUCUUGGCAAAUCCAUCCGCAUUAUAUAUGGAACGUUAGGUGUCUGCAUAUUUUAUGCAUUUGGCUACAUGAUGCUGCCACUGGGUGCUUACUUCAUUCGAGACUGGCGAUUGCUGCUAAUGGCUCUUACUAUUCCAGGGCUGUUGUAUUUUCCAUUGUGGUGGUACAUUCCAGAAUCUCCUCGCUGGCUACUCUCUCAAGGAAGGAUUCAGGAAGCAGAAGAUAUCAUUCGUAAAGCUGCAGAAAGGAACCAUGUUGUAGCCCCCGAAGUAAUAUUUGAUCUUGCUGAGCUGGAAGAUUUGAAUUCCCAAGUUCAGCAGUCCUGCAGCAUUUUGGACCUAGUGAGAACCCCAAAUAUACGAACAGUCACUAUCAUGUCUGUGAUUCUAUGGAUGGUGAUUUCCAUAGGCUACUUUGGCCUCUCUCUGGAUACCCCUAACUUGCAUGGAGACAUCUACCUCAAUUGUUUCCUUUCAGCAGUAAUUGAAAUCCCAGCUUAUACUAUCUCUUGGCUGCUCCUUCAGCAUCUGCCCCGGCGUUAUUCAAUGGCAGGAGUCUUGUUCUUAGGAGGCUGCGUUCUUCUUUUCAUUCAGUUCGUGCCUGCACACCUCCAUGUUCUGUCCAUCAUCCUCGUGAUGAUUGGAAAAUUUGGGAUCACAUCCUCCUUCUCCAUGGUUUAUGUGUAUACGGCUGAGCUCUACCCAACUAUUGUGAGAAACAUGGGAGUUGGAGCCAGUUCAAUGGCCUCCAGAAUUGGCAGCAUCCUCUCGCCUUAUUUUGUGUAUCUUGGUGCCUAUGAUAGAUUUCUUCCCUACAUCUUAAUGGGAAGUUUAACAGUGCUUGCAGGAAUCCUGACCUUUUUUCUCCCGGAAAGUUAUGGCACUCCUCUCCCAGACACUAUUGAACAGAUGCUAAGAGUUAAAGGGUAA